AUGUGCGCGCACCUGGCGCUGCCCCCGUACCCCGCGUACCCCGGCGGGGCUGCCAGGGGCUACCUGGAGCUCUGCUGGAACGCGGCGGGGGACGCAGGACAAGCCCCCACAGCGGCCGGGCCCGCGGGAGGCGCCGCGGCCAGGCACUCUCCGGAGGCAUCGGGGAGGAGGCACACAGCAGAAGUAUCCCCAGCUUCAUCCAGUUCUGGGAAUUUCAGCCAAUUCACACCAGAUUCAGCCACCAGUCCACAUUCCUCAUCCUCAUCCCCACAGUCUACAGCUAAGUCUCAGAAGGGCAGAGAAUAUGGUGUGGGGGGGAUCAGGAAGACCAAGAGCCGGACAGCUUUCUCCAAGGAGCAGCUGCUAACCCUGCACCAGCGCUUCCAGAGCCAGAAGUACCUCAGCCCCCAGCAGAUCCGGGAGCUGGCUGUUACCCUGGGGCUCACCUACAAGCAGGUGAAGACUUGGUUCCAGAAUCGGAGGAUGAAGCUGAAAAGGUGCCAGAAGCAGAGCCUGUGGAGCGAACGGGCUCAGUGUCUCACGCAAAGUGGCUUCCAGAGCGGUACUUACCUGGACGUGCACCCCAAAUUCCACCAGGGCUACCCCAUCACCACAGCUGGCAACAUCCAAGCCAUGCCUGCCCCCUGUCAGCACUACGGAGCAGGGCAGAACGCUUACACAAUCGUGACCAGCGAGGAUGGAGGAGUCUUUGGCAAAGGCGGGGGGACCUGCAGUGUCCAGCAGACAGUGGGCUUCAUUGCUCAGCACAAAGUAGACUUUUACCACAGCUAUCCUGGCAGUGUGGAAUAUCCAGGCUCAAAGACAGGUGAUGGUUGUAAUUUUCACCACUCAGCCACUAUGGGAGCUCCUUUCCCAACUGCUGCCGGCCAUCAUCUCUAUCAUUCCUAAGCACUGUGGGGUACUUGGGCAGCCAGGAAUCAAGUCUUAUUCUCGUCUCUCCCCUUGUUAUUUGUGUGCUGGCCACCUCAGGGACACCUUGUAGCUAAAACCUGUUCUGGCAUCCAGAUGUGUGCCUGCAGACACGCAGCUGCGCAGAGACCCGUUUGCCCAGGUACAUGCACACAGAGCCCCUCAUUUCUGUGCCCGUACAUGUGCAUACACACAGUCCUGUCUUGACUGGCACAGACAACCAAGCUACCUUAUAGCAAAGCCCAAGAUCUGGCUACCCAGCUUAUGCCCUGGAUCUUCUUAA